UUGUUCAGCGGAGAGAAGCGGUGCGUUCUUCAGAGGGCUCGCGCACACCGAAGGAGGAGCAGCAGCAACAGCAGCAGCAGCCCGACGAGGAAGAAAGGGAUUUAAAACUAGCCGACUGUUGCCUCGUGCCUUGCUGUCGCUUUCUUCCUGCUUUAACCGAGGAAAGUUUAUUUUUAUUUUAUUUCAUUUUUUUAAAGGGCAAUAUAUUAGUGUCGCUGGCUGAUAUUCACAGCACAAGUAUUAUGGAGGACCAGCUGCUGUGCUGCGAGGUGGACUCUAUCAGAAGAGCCUACCAGGACGUCAACCUGCUGAACGACCGAGUUCUACAGACCAUGCUGAAGGCAGAGGAGAACUAUCUGCCGUCGCCGAACUACUUUAAAUGUGUCCAGAAAGACAUUGUGCCCAAAAUGAGGAAAAUACUAGCUACAUGGAUGUUAGAGGUCUGUGAGGAACAGAAGUGCGAGGAGGAAGUUUUUCCGCUGGCUAUGAACUAUUUGGACAGAUUUUUAUCAGUGGAGGCCACCAGGAAAGUGAGACUACAGCUGCUCGGAGCUACGUGUAUGUUUCUAGCAUCCAAGAUGAAGGAGACCGUGCCCUUAACGGCYGAGAAACUCUGCAUCUACACAGACAAUUCAGUCCUUCCUGGAGAACUGCUGCAAAUGGAGCUUCUGGUUCUCAACAAGCUGAAGUGGGAUCUGGCUUCAGUCACGCCUCACGACUUCAUUGAGCACUUCCUGUCCAAGCUGAAGAUCCACCCCUCCACAAAGCAGAUCCUCAGGAAACAUGCUCAGACCUUCGUGGCGCUCUGUGCUACAGAUGUCAACUUCAUUGCUAGUCCUCCAUCCAUGGUGGCGGCGGGCAGUGUGGUGGCUGCUGUUCAAGGUCUUUACCUGAAGAGCCAAGAUUCCUCCCUGUCCUCCCAGAACCUUACCAACUUCUUGUCACAGGUCAUUCGCAGCGACCCGGACUGCUUACGGUCGUGUCAGGAGCAGAUAGAGUCCCUGCUGGAGUCCAGCCUGCGGCAGGCUCAGCAGCACAACGGUACAACAGAAACCAAACACGUGGACGAGGAGGUGGACCUGUCCUGCACGCCGACAGAUGUGAGAGACGUCAACAUUUGAGGACGAUCGGCAGCUGCAUUGCGCGAUAAACCCGAUGGAUCAAGAGGAAGUUGUCGUCAGAGGGAGCCGAUGGGAGGGGCGAGGAGGGGUUGCUUCAUCUCGACUCCGCAGCCCCUCUUCUGUCCUUCUCCCGCUUCCCGGUGGGCUGCUGUCAUGGCCGAUAAUGUCUCUCACACAUUCCCGCUGUCCAUAACAGCUGCCAAGACGUAGCAGCCCUGCCUGCCUCGAUACACACCCCAUGUCACAUUUCCUGCCAGUGUCCCCUUCCUCCUUGGGAAAUCAACUGAACACUAAAGAAAUGUACGAGUGAAAAGACUGAAGGUGGCUGGCCUGCGAGGCCUGGAGCUGAGGCCACAGAAGCAGAUAUUUUAGUAGAUAUUUUUUCUUUUUCCCUCACAUAUUAAACUAGGAAUCUUUAAAUUACCACAGACUUGGCAUGCCUACUAAAACAUCCCAAAGUGUCGUGUGCAGUAGGUUCUCUUAGUCUGUCUUCGGGUGCUCUCCAGAAGCCUGACAUUUAUAAAAGCAAAGACGCUGGUUCCUUUCGAUUUCUUUUGUCUUAUAUCUAGAAUGCCUUAGACUGUCUGCCAAGUUCCCAUGUUUGUCUUGUAGUGCAAACAUUCAUUUAUCCCAGCUUGCUUAUAGUCACUUUAUUAUAUAAUUUUAGACAUCAUUUAGUCUUAUACCUCCUUUGUUCCAAGCUUUUUUUAAUGUCAGUGUACUGAGUGACGCUCUGUUUUUAUGAUCUUAGAGACUAUGGGCUGCUAAUUUGGACAAAUGGAAAUUUUUGUUCAUUCCUUGACGACAUUCAUUUUACUCAUCCCUGCUUACUGUAACUUGAUAACAUUUAAUCAAUGUAAAUGUGAGCAGAACA